AUGUCGCCGUUUUUUGAUCAGCUUGCAUAUGAGCCUGCUUCGUACUCGGCAUCUCCAGCUAUUGCAGAGUACACGACCGACCCGGGCCUGGUCGCAAACCUAGUCUGUCGCGUCUUGCUUGGGAUAGUCGGCACCCUUCUGUGCUGGGUGCCGUUCCGGCUGCUCUAUCGAAAUGGAGAGUUCGCAGCCGUGGUUCUCAUCGUCGACGUCGCAAUCAUGAACUUCUUCACCAUUCUCAACUCUCUCAUUUGGAACAGCGACAACUGGGACUCCUGGUGGGACGGCACGGGGCUCUGCGACAUCGAGGUGUAUGUGGCUGGCCCUUUGCAAACGAUCUACGCGGCUUCCAUCUUCACGGUAAUGCGCAACCUCGCACAGCUCGUCCAGAUGGCGCGCGUGAACCAACUAGGUCGUCAGGAGAAGACCAGGAGGAACCUGCUUCAAGCGGCCAUCAUCUUUCCCAUACCGCUUGUCCAGCUCCUGUUCACGUAUUUCGACCUGGCGCAGCGAUACAUCAUCGGUACACUCAUUGGUUGUUCGGCUGUCUACGACAGCAGCUGGCCCAAGAACAUGGUCUACGAUGCCCCGCCUGCGCUGUUCGCCUUGUUGGCGGUGCCUUACGCCUAUCUCACAUGGAAGCGCUUCCGAGCCAUCUCAAAGAAGUCACAAGCAGCACUGAAGUCUAACACCGCCGCCUCGGCACGAGCAAACCGUACGCGACAGCGUCUGUACUACAUGUCACUCUCGAUACUGGCCAUCUACCUUCCGAUUAUGCUGUACUUCCUCGCCAUCAAUAUCCAGGAUACCCUCUCAUCGUACAAGGAGUACAGCUACGCUCGAGUACAUUUCUCGGGAACGCCCUAUCCCUGGAACUCGAUCCUGUUCAUCCCCUCGUGGAUCAUCCCGGGUGCCAUCAUGAACCAGCCCUGGGUCCCGAUCGCAACCACCAUAGCUAUCGUCGCAUUCUUCGGCAUGACCAAAGACGCGAUGAACAUGUACCGUCAGUACGCAACGUCCUUGAAGCUAGACCGCGUCCUUCGCGAAGUCAAGGGGAAGUGGGAUUCAUUGUACUCCAGUCGAGCAGAGGAGAAUGGCGACACUCGCAGCACUGUGAACAGCGCAUCAGCCCAGGGCAACAAGCCCUACAUCUCUAACCGACGAACCUCUCCCGACGAACAUCGCAACCAACUGCCCCGGAGUACAGGAGCCACCGAGCGCGCGAUCUUCAGCCGAGCACGAAGCCCCGUCCUCCCCACCGUCGAACCGCAGCCAGAGCCCGAUGUCUCAAAGCGCCACUCGCACAUAACGCUCCGCACGAUAGGAUCGCAAAGUCCCCUGGAAUCCUCCAUCAUCGAGCCCAUGAUCCCGCCCCGCCGCUCAUCCCUACGCUGGAGCGCCCUCUUCCGCGCGCCUACCAUGCCAACCAUGCCCACCCUGCCGUCGCUUCCGUCGCUUCCGCGCUCCCUACGCCUGCCCUCGAUCCCCAGUUUCACGAAGAGCCGCAACGCCAGCGGCGCCAGCAACGCGAGCAACAGGGCCCACAAGAACCAGUCCCUCUCCAGCCGCGACGACUCGUUUCCCAUGCUACCGCUGCAGAGCUUCGAGCCCCUGGCAGAGAUGGACGCCGAGUCGCCGCGCACUUUUGCUUCGGUGACGGGGAAGACUUCGCGGGAGGCGAUUUCGCCGUUUGAGAUGGGCGCCAGAGAGGAUUUUGACGGACGGAGGGUUGUAUCUCUACCGCGACCUGCUGGUGGGAUGCGUGUUAGGAUUCCUAUCAUUCCGUCAGCAUCCAUGGCUACGGCGCGAGGAGGCGGUGAUAGGACUGGUAAUGUUGAUAGUCAUGGGUUUGAAAGAACAGAUGUCUCUGGUGGGUUGUCACAGGGGGGCGGUUCCUAUAGUUGA